CUGCUGCACUGUCUUGUGGGUCAGUGAGGAGCACUUGCAGUCUGAUCUAGGGUGCUGCUACAGUCAUUUUGAUGGCUCCCUCACGAUUUAAGAUUAGCUGCCUUUAUGGGCAUUUAACUGCCUUCUGCCUUCAGUUGACGCUUGCGUUCCCACCGUUGCAUUACAUGCCGGCUGCUUCUCCUCAAGAUCUCCGGACUCUUAAAAGCCAAAGCUCCUUGCAGAGUGCGGUCCAGCAGCCGGAGGAGCCGGUCCAAGUGAAUACAGUUGAUGUGCUCUGCCACCCUGACUCCAUGGAGCUCCGCAUCAACGCUGACCUGUUUGCUGUUGGAGCGCCUGUUGACGUCCAGGAGCUGCGUCUUGGAGUUGAGCACAGUGACUAUUGCAGUGCAACAGCAGCAUCAGACUCUGAAUACAGAAUCCUUGUGGGCCUGGAAGACUGUGGCACCAAACACUGGAUGACGGAAGAUUCUUUGGUCUACACAAACCUCCUGAUCUACACUCCUCUGCCCUCUCUCAAUGGAGUAACGCGGAUGGAUGAGGCUGUCGUUCCAGUUGAAUGUCAAUAUAAAAGAAAGUACAGUCUGUCCAGCUCUUCCCUUAUGCCAACUUGGGUUCCCUUCACGUCUACACAAGCUGCUGUGGAAACUCUACAGUUUAAUCUGAGACUUAUGACAAAUGACUGGCUGCAUGAAAGGGGUGCCAACACAUUCUUCCUUGGUGAGCCCAUAAACAUUGAGGCUUCAGUUCGUGUGGAUCAUCACAUGGGGCUCAGGCUGUUCCUGACUAGCUGCGUGGCCACACUUGAACCUGACAUCAAAUCUGAUCCCAAAUACAUCUUUAUUGAGAAUGGGUGCUUGCUGGACUCUCAACUUCCAGGCUCAAAGGCUCACUUCCUGCCAAGAACAAGAGACGAUAAGCUGCAGUUGACAAUUGAUUCUUUUAAAUUUCAUAAUGAUGAAAGAGGACAGCUUUACAUCACAUGUCAUCUCAAUGCUGUGCCAGUGGAUGAUGCAGAAGCGCUCAACAAGGCCUGCACAUUUGUAAAUGGAAGGAAAGUAUAUACAUUUUCAAAUUGCAAGACAACUGGCUGGUCUGACUGGAUAUCCUUUAGGUGGCGGUCUGCUGAUGGCAACGACUACCUGUGUGGAUUCUGUCAAAGCCCCAAUGAUGCCAGUAAAACCCUAAGCAUCCCUGGAAUCUUUAAUCCUCGUAGCUUUGUAAAAUCUGCAGACAUGGAGCCCUUGUGGAGAAGUGGACUGAAGACUAACCAGGUUUGGGAACAUGAUGCCAGAGUGGGGCCAAUGACCAUCAUGCCUUCAUGGAAGGGUGGGGCUCUCGCCGCACACGAGCUCCCUCCAGUUCUCCAUAAAAUCCACAAAACAGCAUUGUACGGCAGCCACUGGAGGAGCGGCAUACAUGGGAUUGAGAAGAGCCUGGUUCCAGAACCAUCAACUUCAAAACUAGAAGAGGAUGACAGUGAUGAUUAUGAUGAUGAGUCUGACUCUGACCUGGACUUUGUGAUGAAAUCCCUGGAGAUGGCCCGCACCAACAAUACCUUCCCAAUCAUCCAGUAUGAGCUGGAGCACACAGUGACGAAUGCAACUGCUUCAAAGCCUGACCUUUCAGAUAAACAUGACCCAAAGAAAUAAAAUGCUUUAAACUCA